ACCUCCUGUUAGCUGUCCCAAGCAUUCUCAGCUGAGCACUCAUACCACAGAUCCACUGAGUGCCCCCUUCACUAAACUAAAUAAAAAAAAUAAGAUUAAAAGCAAGACUGACUGGAUGUGGAAUUUAAAAGAUCACUUACGUUGAAUUUCUUUCCAUUCUUCCUAUUGAAAAAAUUAUAAAGAGGAAGGAGAGUUUGCACUUCCAUCAACUUCUGGACACCGAGAAGGGUCUGCUGCAUUUCUAUUCAAGGUCUGGCACCCUUUAUCUGAAAACAGCUUGUGAAGAUGGGUAUCAAAGCAGCCCUUCCCAAACUAGAACUGUAUUUUUAUACCUUAGUUCUUGCUUUUGCUUUGCUUUGGGCUGCUAGUUGGAUUCAUGAGACAUCAAAAGACAAUGAGAACAGAAAGACAUUUAGAGAGAAUGUGAAACAAGGAUGGCAUUUCUUUGGUAGAAAAAUGGACACAGCUGACUUUGAAUGGGUGAUGUGGUUUACAAAAUUUAGAAACUAUAUCCUUUUUGCCUUCACUGGGCAUGUCCUUUUUGCAAAAGUGUGUUCCCUGUCCGCCCCUCAGCACAGGUCCAUUGUUUACAUGGGAUAUGGAAUGCUAGCGGUCCUAUCUAUCAUGGGCGUCUCCUACAUCACAUUAAUCCUAGCCCACUGUGUCCUCCUUUAUACCGUCUCUCUUGUGAAAGAGAAAUGGUUGUGCUUUGCUGCAGGGCUCGGCUGUCUAGCAACCUUUAAAGUAGAGCCAUUCAGCUCUUGGCAGAACGGCUUGGUAACGGGAACAUUUGAACUCCAAGAUAUUCUGUUCUAUGGGGGAGCUGGCUUCACCAUUAUGCGUGCCAUGAGUUUUGGCCUGGAAAAUACUGAAAAGAAGGAUGGAAAUUAUUCUUUCCUGGACUUGCUGAAGUACAAUUUCUACCUCCCAUUCUUCUUCUUUGGACCCAUUAUGACAUUUGAUCGAUUUCAUGCUCAGCUGAAUGUAAAGGACCCAGUUCGUAAAACAAACGAGAUGUGGAAUAUUCAAGUCCAUGCCAUGGUGCAUCUGGGGGCUAUAUUAGCAGUGGACAUACUCUUCCAUUACCUCUAUAUUCUGACCAUACCUUCGGACAUGAAGCUCGUUAAAAACCUCUCCGACUGGUCCUUGGCUGGCUUGGCCUACUUCAAUCUGGUAUAUGACUGGGUGAAAGCAGCUGUGAUGUUUGGUGUUAUCAACAUUGUGUCAAGACUGGACCACUUUGACCCACCUCAGCCACCAAAAUGUAUCACCAUGUUAUAUGUCUUUGCUGAAACGCACUUUGACAGAGGAAUAAAUGACUGGCUAUGCAGGUACGUGUAUGAUUACAUUGGUGAAAACCAUGAUAAUAUCAAAAAGGAACUCAUGGCUACCGUGUCUACAUUUGCUAUAACCACCCUAUGGCUGGGCCCCUGUGAUAUUGUUUAUAUUUGGUCCUGCUGCAAUUGUUUUGGCCUGAAUUUUGAACUCUGGGUACAGAAAUUAUUCCAGCUUGAGCCAUUCGCUUCCCAGGAGGCCAUUAUGUCAGAAGGUAUGUCUCGGAGACUGAGGGCUAUAUUUGGUGCUGCUAACUUUUGGGCUAUCAUUCUGUACAAUGUUCUGUCCCUCAACAGCCUAGAGUUUGCCGAUUAUGUUGCCAGGAGGCUCAUUCUUACAGGGUUCCCCUUAACCACCUUUUCUGUCUGGUUUGUUACUUACUGUGGAGUCCAACUAAUCAAAGAACGGGAGCGAUGGUUGGCAAUCGAGGAGGAGGCAACAGCUGAUAAAGAAAAGACUGAAUAGACAUUGGAACAUUUUGGAAGUAUUGUGCCUUUCUAUUACUUGCAGAGAAGGCAGCAUUUUCUUCUUUUCAUUCUGUGAUAUAGCAUUGUUAAUUUCCUUUGCAUCUGCAGCCAUAAAGACAUGCAUUGUGUCACAGGAACAAAUGAAGCAAACACUAAGAUUUUAUAUUGAUGAUGUGUGUACUGAAUCCUGUCUUUGCUGGGAACACAAGAUGAAUCCGUACUUUUUGUCCAAGAAAGAAUGCCUGAAGUUCUGCAAAAUAAAUACAUAAAUUAUUAAAUUAAAUUAAAUAAAUUUAACAAAUAAAUAAGUAAAUUAAAUUUAAUUAAACCAAUGCAUGCGUUUUUUUAUUCAUGGUACCUCCAAAACAAAUUAUAACCGAAGUUAGUUUGGAAAGUGAAAUAAACCAUUGGGAAUGAUUCAUCUAC